AUGGCUUCAAAAUCAUCCGCUGACUUAACGAAUACAAGUAGCAGUUUUGAUUCAUCAACAGCUACAAGCAAGGUGUCAUGUGCUGCUGGAUUGCCGGUCCAUUCUAUUCAAUAUCAAAUUCACACAGAACCAUUAAUCCUACAAUUCACUGUAGUAUUCCGCAAUGAUAUGGACAUGAUAGAAGUGUCAUCCUUUUACCACCGACAAUGGGCACCAGAUUACCUUGAACUAAUGGCAUGUAUUGCUGACAAGAUAAAAACCAUCGAUGGAUCUAAAGAAACUUUGAAACUUGCUGUAAGGAUAACCGAUCUCUGGUUUGUUGGGACACCGGGCAGGUCUGAACAAGCUGAGAAGAUCAUUGUUGACUCUGACGGUGAUCAGAUCCACGUGGUCUGUAAGCAAGACCAGUUAAAGGCAUGGAAAAUGGAUUUGAAGGAAGGUUGUAGUUAUUGUGGCUUAGAUGGCGUUCCUUUAAAAAAGUAUAGAUUUGUAGAUUUUUCAGAUAUCAUUGCUGGCCAAUUACAGUUUGACCUAUUAGUAGACAUCAUUGGUGUUGUUGACGAGGUUGUCUUUCGUCAUAUUUCACCCAGAAGUAAGAGAGUUGUUUUUAAGCUUAUGAAUUUGAGUAACGAAUUGGUGUCUUGCACUCUAUGGGACGAUUAUUGUGUCCAAUUUCUGGAAUAUUUGGAUCAGCAUGAGAAUGAAGGGCCUAUUAUUGUGUUGUUGACCAAUGCCAGAAUUAAAGAGGGCCAGGGAUACUAUCCAUGCUUGGUUAGCAAUUCUUUGAAGGCUUCUACACUGACUAUUAAUGAACCACUAUCACUAAUUGAAGAAUUCAAUCAGAAGCUUUCAGAAUUGGGCAUUGAGAUCCGGUCAAUUUUGACACGUCGUUCCCAGUGGAGUUCACAGCCUUCAGGUUCUGCUCAGUUACCAUCAAGGGAGACAUUCAUUUCCAUGUCAGAGGCAAAGAGCAUUUCUGAGAUAAACAACCUUUGCAAAGAGUUUGUUUGUGUUACUGUUGGUACAAUCACAAGGAUUCUUAUGGACAAUCAUUCAUGGUGUUAUCCAUCUUGCAUUCAGUGCUAUAAGAAAAUAGAUGUCUAUCCAGAACCAUUUGUGUGCCCAUGUGGCAAACAUAAUGAUCGGGCUGUGCUUAGAUAUAGAGUUGAAGUCAUGGUCAAUUAUAAAGAUGAAAACACAAAAUUUCUCCUGUGGAAUUGUGAAUGCACUGAAUUGAUUGGGCAGUCAGCUGAUGAAGUCAACACCCUCAAAAUAGAAGAUGGUGAUCUAGAUUUAAAUGCCUCCCCAAAAGCACUUGAUAAACUACUGGGUCAUCUGUUCACCUUCAAAGUCAAAAUUCAGCCGCAGUAUAAAAAUUCUACUGUUUUGAAGUGCUCCAGUGACUUAACUUUAAUUAAUGAUGUUCUGGACAUGUUGCCUGAUGUUGAGACAUGUUCAAAGAUUGAAGCUACAACAUCGUUUGAUUCCAAUGAUCCUGUCCACGAUGAAUGUCAAUUCAUUUCUAUAACAGCAGACCAUGAUCCACUUAUUGGACUUCCCUUGACACCAACAAAACGACAACCAUUUAAUGAAUGUGAUGAUGAAGCAAGAAGCUCCCAGAUUUCACCAGCUCAGCUAUCGUCCAACAAAUUAGCAAAACAUGAGAAGAUAGAAUAG